AGAAAGCGCUCAGCGGCAGCCGCUUGUUCAGACCAGAGUACAGUCACUGGAGAUACCUGCGCUGCUUUAAAGAGACUGACUGCACGAAACAGCAUCUUUACGAGGACAGGAUUAUUUGACGUUGAGAAGGCAUGGCUGAACACAUAAUGAUGCCUAUGAACCAUGGUUCUGCUGGCGGAGGCCUGCAUGGUUAUCGCAUGGGAAUGAAUGGCCCUUCUCCACAUGGACACCAGCCCAGUCUGCGCACACUUCCCAAUGGGCAGCUCAUGCACUACAGCAGGGGGCCUCAGAACUCAAUGGAGGUGGCCAUGAGGCAGAGGAACGCGAUGAAUGGCAUCAUGAACAGUCAGGUGAAUGGCCAGAUGAGUGGCGGACACCCUCACCAAAUGCAGCAAGCAAAUAUGAUGUAUGCAAGUCCAAAUCAACAACCCCAAGGCCACCCUCAAAGCCAGCACCACCAUAUGCACCCCCAGAACCAGCACCCACAGCAGUAUAUGGGUAGUGGGGGUCUUUCAGCAUCUCAGCAGCUUAUGGCAAGCAUGCAUCUUCAAAAACUCAACACUCCAUACCACGGGCACCCACUUGGCCCAAUGAAUGGGCAUCACAUGGGAAAUGUUCAGCAUAGAAUGGGUCCUGCUCAGUUGGCGGGCAUGCAGAUGGGGAUGGGUGGGCCAGCACUGGGCCAUAACGUCAUGGACAUAGACUUGAUUGACGAAGAGGUUUUGACAUCAUUGGUGUUGGAACUUGGGCUGGAUCGAGUUCAGGAGCUGCCUGAGCUUUUCCUUGGACAAAACGAGUUUGAUUUUUUCUCAGACUUUGUGUGCAAGCAGCAGCCAAGUACUGUCAGCUGUUGAAGUUCUGCUUUAGGUCCUUGAAACAAAGAAUGACUUGGUUGGCAAGAAGAAGCUGGGACAAGACAAGAGAAGAUAAACAGUCAGGUUCUCUGUAUACGUGAAGAUGUGCUAUGCAUGUUGUAGUGCACACAGUUACAGCUUUCACUGAGAGAAAAUACGUUCUGGAUUGUCUUCAGUCUUUGAAGAAUCUGACACAAGAGUGUCGUUGAUGAGCAUGCCUUGUCUUGUCCUAUGGGGGGGUCCUGGAUUGAAAGUGGUUGAGUGUCCCAGGGUCGAAUGUAACUUCACAUGGCGGGAAAAAAAGAAGUCUGCGUAGAACUUUGCAGAAACUGCUUUGCCUCCUCAGGGGCAACUAAAAUCAAUAGCAUUUAGAAAUGUAUUUAUGUAUGACAUCUACCAAAAAAGCAGACAAGAUCUGUGUUGAUAGAAACUUGCCUUCUCUCAAACUCUCCCCAAAUCCUGUGAUAAAAGAUGAAUGAAUGAAGGUGUUUUGUGGGAAUUGAAGGCUGGUACUUCAAAUCGGGUUGAUUUUUCCAGUAGCUCUUGAUGACAUUUGAAAUGGCAAGGGAGUGUUGAGAUGGUAGUGGUUGGGUAUAAACGUUCUUCACUAUGAAACAUUCCUCCUACAACUAUUCAAAAUUUAAAGAUGACUACCUACGGUAUAUGAAUUGGUGCACUCGCUACAUCUGACCCAAAAUGAGAGUCUUACCUUAGGAUGUCUUUAUACUUUCAGGACUAUUUCUGUGUUAGAUAAACUUGCCUGGAAAAAGGUGGAAUGUUUUGUAGCCUCCCUUGCUAAAUGCUGAGCCUGUGCUCCCUGCUGAUGAGUCUAAACUGUAAAAUUGCCUUAUAGUUUUUUUACACAGAUGUUGAUGGAUAUUCACUGUACACAUUCUUACCUUGUUCCAUGGAAUAAAGACGAGACUACUGUCUUUGUAUGAUUCAAAGUCAUCAAAAAUCCAGUGGUUAUGUAGUGUUCUCUAAUAUGCUUCUUGCUGUAGUAAAGAACAUGGUCCACGAUCUCUAUUGAACCAAAUGAUGCAUAUAGAAUUACAACUUCCAUUUGUUUCUAAAUCAACCUGAAUGUCAACCUGAACUAUUGUUUGAAACAACCACUAACCAUAGCACCAGUUUAAUGUGCAUUGAAGCCAAUCUCACGAAGCAGCACAAAAUAUUGUUUCUCUUUCCACUGCAGGUUUAAACUUGAUUACAUGUAAAUUACACCUACAAGCUUCUUCUUAAUUGAGGUCAGCAUGGUCAGUCAUCUCAGAUGGCCUGAUAAUUACAAAAUGGACAUGUUCAUUUGCUUGCUAUCGCUCAGGGUGUAAUGAGGAGUUGUGUACGGCUGCCCUGCUGGGUUUGAGAACUUCCUGUGUCGUUAUGUUGGUAAUUCUUGUAUUGAGCACUCUGUGGGGGUUGGGCUGAUAUGGAAAUAGCACAGCGUACUGUAGUAGUAGGUUAAUCUGUUCCACCAGAGCCAGGCUCAACUCCCUCGGCUCUAACCACCCUGGCUCGGUUAAUUGCUGUAUAUACAGCUUGAGAUUGUGAACAGUUGCCACUAAAAAAAAAAAAAAA